AUAUUUAUGACCAGUGACGACGGCUUACGAACGUUGGAUCAGAGUGCGCUUUGAGCGAAUGUUCUUAUCAAAUCUGACAAAAAGUAGCGUCCUAGCGACGCUCUCCUCUAACCACUAUAGUACUGUCUACUGCUAACCGGCUAGAGAUCGAUUGUGGUAUGUCGCGACCUAUUUUCGUAUGUGUACACUGUGAACUACACUCUGUUCAAAGCGAGAUCAGUACCGGGCGGCGACCAGUUUUCCUUUUCGACGGUUAGUCCCCACUACGGUGACCCGACGCUUUUUUCCGUGUCGUUUUCGAUUGCCAUGUACGACGUGUGUACUUUAUAAUUAUUAUUUACUUGAUAAGAACUUUUGGCGCCGUUGUGUUUUAGCCUUUCUCCAGACGUGGUCCGGUGAUCUCUGUCGAUCGUUUUCUAGAUAAUAUAACACGACAAUUACAAACGACCUUAAACCACCGUAAACGUGAACUCCAAAUUCCGAGCAACCAACGGGCUGUAGUGUCAGUGUUCAACUGCCGUCCGCCGGUCAUUUUUUGUUUUAACUACUCAGUUCUUAUCGUUUUUUCUUCUUUCUGAUCAUCUCGCGAUCUGUGUCAACUGUUUUUGCAAUCACGUAGGUAGUCGUGUUUGCGAGCGCGUUAGUUUGUCUAUCCGAUUGAUGUGAGAAAGUAACUACUCAUAUUUCUUCACGACGAGGCAGGUUUUUCUUUAUCGUAUCAGUAAUUUAUUCGGAUAUUUCUGGUUCCUACUGCAAACGCUGUCCCGAUUGCUCACGCAGGUUUGUCUUGUGUUUUGUGUGUGGCAUGCCAUUGACUGUUUUUGAUUUAUUUGUAUCAUACGUGGCUUACCAGCACGAUGUCAGGAUCAACAAAAAACAAUGACCUGAGAAUGAAAAAGCGUAGCAUGGCUGGUAACAUAGCACUUGGCUUAUACGUUUUGGCUUUAGUGUUUGUGCUCGUUUCAUUUUUUUCGGCCAGUUGGUUAGUCAGCGAUGAGAGAAUCACAGGUGCAAAAUUAGAAAGAUUUGGUUUGUGGACUCAUUGUUUUCGCUCAUUAGCUGAUCCUAAUGACCCAGCAGAGCGAAGAUAUUUUGUUGGAUGCCACUGGAUAUUUGACCCUUUCACCAAAGGAUAUGAUGAAAUCAAAGGAUUUUUGUUGCCAUUUUACAUUGUGGCAACUCAGUUCUUUUACACAAUUACAUUCCUAGGAACAUUAGUAUCAGCUGUUGGUUCAUCAAUGUUUCUUUUAUGUUGUACACCCGAAGAAAAACAUUUUGUACAAAUAACUUUUGCAUUGGGAGUAACAUUGAUUAUAUCUGGUGUAUGUGCCGCAAUAUCAGUGUUAAUAUUUGCUUUGUUUGCCAACCGUCCAGGUUGGAUGCCUGGCCACGACAACAACUUCUUUGGUUGGGCAUUUGGUGUGGCUAUUGCAAGUUUUUUUACUUUACUUGGAGCUGGAGCAUUUUAUUUGGUAGAAACAAACAUACAAGUGAAAAAAAGAAAAUAUUUGAAAGAAUCACAAACUAAAUUUGAUAUAGAGUUCAAAGGAUAACCUAAAAUUUAUUUUUCAUUUUUAAUAAAAAAUAUUUUCAAUUUUGACCAUUAGGAUAUGUUGUUGAUUGUAACUUUCAGUCAGACAAAUAUUAAAUUCUACCAUUUCCAAAAUCUAGUACCUAGCAGCAGUUAUUUUUUAUGAAACUAAUAAUCUCAUUUUGUUUUAAUGAACUCUUUUAUCUAUUUUAAAUCAUUUAAAUCUUAGUAUGGUAAAAUGUGAGUAAAUACAAUUUUGACUGUAUUAAGUAACUGACUCCGUCCAUUUAAAACUAGUAUUAUUGAAAUAAUAAUCAUUUUGAAGAAUUUACACUUUAUUUAGUUUUAAUAUUUGAAUGAUUCACAUCUGU